AGAAGAAAGCCGGGACGUGACGGAGCCGGGGGGGUUUUGCUUGCUGGAGGCCCAUUAAACCACCGAUAAAUACAGCUACCUCGCUGUUUCUUCGUCGCUCAAGAGACGCCUGUGAUCUAACUUUGACCCAACGUACUUUUUUCAUCUUAGAACUAAUUUCACAAACAUGUCCUGGCAAAGCUACGUGGACAACCUGAUGGCUGAUGGCAGCUGCCAGGACGCGGCCAUUGUUGGGUACGCGGACGCCAAAUACGUCUGGGCAUCACACGCCGGCGGUUUCUUUAACAACAUUACGCCUGAAGAAAUCGACGUGUUAAUAGGAAAGGACCGUGAGGCAUUCUUCACCAGUGGGCUGACUUUGGGCAAUAAAAAGUGCUCUGUAAUCAGAGACAGCCUCCAAAGUGACGGUGACUGGACAAUGGACAUCCGGACAAAGAGUCAAGGAGGAGAGCCAACAUACAACGUUUCUGUAGGCAGAGCCGGCAAAGCAUUGGUUUUUGUCAUGGGGAAGGAAGGUGUCCAUGGAGGGCAGCUCAACAAGAAAGCAUUUAUGAUGGCUGAGUACCUGAGGAAGUCCGGAUACUAAAGCAGCCUGUUCCCAGCCACCUAGCAGCUCACCCUUACCACCCUGUUGCAUUUCAUCACUACUUCCAGUCCUAGUUGGUAGUUUUUGUUUUUUUCUUUUUCUGCCUUCUCUUCUCCCCAAUUUCUUCCUUUUUUUUUUUUUUUAUCCCUUUUUAUUAUUUUGUCAUCUUCCCCCAACCCACCCCCUCUCUCAACACACUACUUGCGCUGUGUAUUUUUCUUCUUCUCCCCUCACCUUUUUUUUAAGCACUAUAUAAGUUGAUCCAUAGCAAAGAUGAGCAUGUUGCUAACAGGAUGUCAUGACAAAUCUGUACUUUAACCGAGACCAGCAACAAAAAAAUAAUAAAAUAUUUAAAAAAAAAUAUGGCCAAACACUCAGACGAUGAAAGCUAUAGCGUCAAUUUGAAGAAGUAGGUAUUUUUCUGUCAUGGUGCCCGAACUCGAUCUCUCACACACACUCCCUCCACCCGAGCAGCCGAUGCCUUUGGAGCACUUGAGUGGUAACCAAGCUCAUGUCUUUUUUCUUUUUUAGUUUUUUUUUUUUUUUUCUUCCUCAUGUCUGGGAGAGGAGACUGCAUGCAUAUAUCAGUCCAAUUUAGUCCCCCUCUCUCUACCUCCCUCUAGUACCCCACCCAGCCAGCACUACCACACAUCCUCCUGCCAAAAAAUGUUAAGACCCCCCCCUCCCUCCUUCCCCCUGGUUUCCUCAUCCUGUUUGCUCAAAAACAGGCAACACUAAAAACUUCAUGAAGCACUCAUCUUCAAACACUUCACCUCCACUCUCCUCUUUUAACCCCCCAACCCCCUCCUCUCUUACUGCUCUGCAACACCUUUUUUUUUUUUUUUUUUUUUUUUUU